AUAAGCUCGUUUUCGAAAUUGACGCAUAUUAGACACGAAUGAUCUUUUGAAGUAGAAAGUUUAAGAUUUAUACUAGAGGAUGGAAGAAGAAAUGAAUCGUCCAAAGUGGUUGUUGGAACUAGAAAAUCGUAAACGAAAGCCGCGUUUAGCACAUGAAGCUGGUGCUGGUGCAUCAUGCAUGAAUUGUAAUUCUGCAUGUCCUGGUCUUGAUCUGCAUUUUUGGCGAAAGAUUUGCAAAAAUUGCAAAUGUGGUCGGGAUGAUCAUGAUGUCGAUGAUGACGAAUUUCCACAAUUUGAUCUGCUGUUUGGACCAAGUGGAAAUAUAUACACAUAUAAUACAAAUUUAAUUUUAGGUUUACAAGUAAAUAACAAGAAACAAAAUGAAGGUGAAACUACAUUUGAAUGGAUACCGCCAGAUACAACUGAAGAACUUGCUGUGGAUUAUAUGAAAGCUUUGCCUGUAGAGAAAUUACCAAUUAAAGGAUCUGCUGGUGCUGUUUUGCGGAGGCAAUUAUUACAGAAACAAUUACCUCUUCAUGAUAUUGAUCACAAAGUUUGUGAUGAACUUAGUGAACAAGAACAGGAACAAUUGGAAAAAUAUUUAGAAAAUAUAAAAAAGUAUGUAGGGCAAGGCAAAGUAAUGAAGAUGAUAGCUGCCCGCCCGUUCGAUCGUUCUCUCAUGACUCCUAUCAAUGCAGCUGAUAUGCAACAUUUCAGUUCGCAGCAUAAAUCUUAUAUACCUUCCACUGGUGUUCAAUUACGUACACCGAGUAGUUUUACCGUGAAAAACUCAUAUGCAAAACUUCCAUAUGAAGUUCAAAAUAAGCAGGAUGCUAUGGCCAUAAAUGACAAUAAGAUAUCCAAUGCAGAAGGAUAUAACUGUUCACUAACUAAUGUAGCUGCCAAUAACAACAUUGCGAAAUCGCAACUAAUCGAAGGGAAAUUAAUUAAUGAGCAUUCUCAACAUGCGAGUGAUAUUGUAUCCAUGAACGAAAGAGCAAUAGACAGUAAAGUAAUCAAUUCCUCGAUUCCCGCGCAUCUUGCCGAGCAAGAAAUCGUACUUGCUCGCGAGAUGCAUACUUCUGGAAAUUACAUACCUUACAGAGAAAACACAUUGAAAGAUGCUUUAGAGAGGCAUAGGGAAACACUGGAUAAUAUCACGCCGUGCAUUGCGCAUUUGGAAUCUGUUAAUAGCGAAGCAGCCUCUAUAGCGGAAUCCAUGUUGGCGGACGCUAUUCUUCCACCUAGUGCGAUACACGCCAAUGAUAUUAUCGGAAGUACACUGGAUGAGAAAAGUCUGAUGUUUAUAAGAGAAAAACUUGUCGAUAAGUACAAUGCCACGGAGAAUUCGGCGAUGCACGCUGUUCCUAAAUCAUCUCGACUGUUAGACACGAGUGAUAUAUUACGUAACGGCGGAUCUAGGGAAAAUAAUAAUAAUCCCGCGAAUAUUAAUAAAGAUGCAGAGAGAACAGCUAUUAUAACUGCUAUGAAAAAUCCUGCAGAAACUCUAUUGGAAAAGACAGAAGUUAACAACUUUGUAAACACUCCAUUAGAAGCAGAGAGGAAGAUGUAUAAACCUCCAUGUCAAGUAAUUGAAUCGAUUGCUUUACCUGUUAAGGCAAAUCAUAAACCGGCGAAGAAUAAUUCGUCAGUGAUAGAGAAGUCUAAAACUAUACAAGAAGGUGCUAUGGAUCCCUUAUUGAAUAAAUACGUCUCUGUGGAUUCUACUCUUCCCAUAUUAAAUUCAUCAUUGCAAACUGGUUCGCAAUGUCCUGUUAAUGCCAAUCCGUUGCAAACCGAAUUGAGUAGCUCGAUCUUGCAACCAACCGUCAUACAUUCCGAACAGUUGCAAAAGCAAGUAUUCCCUCAUAUUGUCGGAGACUCCAACGAACAAUCGAACACACAACACAUAGAUCAUCUAAAAGAUAGUAUAAAGAAUUUAAAGAUUGAUUCAAAGGUGCACAAGUGUGAAAAAUGCCAUGAAGAUAUACGCAUCGGUGAUGUGAUUGUAACCGCGGAGAAGGCUAACAAUGCAUCCUGGCAUCCUGGUUGUUUCGUUUGCUCGGUGUGCAACGAAUUGUUGGUAGAUCUGGUGUACUUUUAUUAUAAAAAUAAGUUAUAUUGUGGAAGAGAUUUGGCUGCAUUUUUGGGAAUUGUUCGAUGUUUCGCAUGCGAUGAGUUAAUUUUUGUACGAGAAUAUACAGUUGCAGAAGGGCACAAUUAUCAUGUGAAACAUUUCUGUUGUUGGGAUUGCGAUAUGCCAUUAGCUGGGCAACAAUACAUUACUGAAAACGAUCGUCCAUUAUGUCUUCCUUGUUAUCAAAAAUCAUAUGCAAAGACAUGUGCUGCCUGCAAUAUUGUGAUUGCUGCUGAUCAACAGGGUGUAGCGAUAAAAAAUUUGAACUUUCAUGCAACUGAAGCCUGCUUUUGCUGCUAUAGUUGUAAAAAGAACUUACUAAAUGGUAGAAUGGCGAUAAAAGAAGAUAAAUUAUUCUGCAGUAAAGAUUGUAUUGCAGAGUUUCUUAAUCGAUAAAAUAUAUGUAUAUAUAAAUAAAAGUCUAUUUACUAUUUUUGAUAUGUUAUUUUUUCAUUGUAAGAACAAAAUAUAUUCAUAUAUAAAAUUAUUUUAAGAAUUUAAGAAAUAUAUAAUGUUAUAAACGUGAAUUUUAAUAGUUAUUGCCUAUAUGUCAACCAUAGAAAAAAGUUUGUUUAAGGUGGAUAUAUUCUGCCUCAACUAUGGGAUUUCCACUCCAUGUUAUCCUUCUAAGGAAAUAUAGAAUAAAAUAAGCUUAUCUAAGUUAUUCCAACAGAAUAGGCUUGUCACAUGUGUGCCAGCCAUAUCAAUAACAUAUUGAUCAUUUCUUAUUUUCCACUUCUACAUAUCUCAUUUUCAUUUUAUCGGUUUUAUUAUUAUAUAUUUUUCUUUAAUUAUAUACAUAAAAAUUUAAGUAGAUGUUACAUCAAAGACAUUUUUACAAAAAAAUAAAAUGAAACAAGGACCAGAUUGCAUAAUUAUGGAUCUACUCCUACAGUUGAACAGAAAAAUAUAUUUCUUUCUGUCGAUCCUCCUUCAAUGCACGGCCACUUCAUUAUAUAAGCUCUAUGUAAUUAUUGGAAUAGGAAUUACGAUUAAUGAAAAAACUAUAUAAGAAGUAAUUCAAAUAUAUACAUAUUGUAAUGUGUAAACAUUUAUGUUGUAUGUACAUAUUAAUAAUUUAUACUUCAUAUGAUAUAUUCUGUACAUAUAUACCUAUAUUAUGUGGUACACAAAAUGAAACAAUAAAUGCAUUGAUUUAUCUACUACUAAUUUUACAAGGGGCAAAUCCGCUGCAAAUUUGUUAUAGUUCUUUA